AUGAGGCUGUCACUCAUGGAAUCUUGCCUUAGGCGAUGCCGCUGCUUCUUCCAACAAAGCUGUUUAUUCUUUGGUCUCACAGUCAAAGCUCUUUCGGAAACCCGCUGGGAAUGUCGGAUAGAAAGUGUGAAGGCUAUCCGGUGGCAGCUCCCCGACAUUGUUGACGUCCUGCAACAAGUCUCUACCACUCCCGGCGAUCCCAUGGCACAGACCGAUGCAUCUUCCCUUUGCACCAUUCUGCAGUCUUUCGAGUUUAUUUUGUCAACUGUCGUGUGGCACGACAUUCUAUUCAAAGUCAACAUCAUGAGCAAAACAUGGCAAACACCUGGAAUCGAGAUGGAUGUAGCAGUCCUACAUAUUGAUGGCUUCCUUGAAUGGAUCCAGGAUUAUCGAGAACAUGGUUUCGCUGCUGCAGAAACUACAGCUAAAGAAAUUGCCAUGAGUAUGGAUGUUCCUUGCGAAUAUACGCCUGUUAAAAUUCGACGAAAGCGAAGACUGUUUGAUUAUGAAGGUGAAGAUUCCGCAACACAUACCCCACGAGAACUGUUCAAAACAGACUAUUUCCUACGCGUAAUUGAUUCCAUAAGUCAAUCUGUGAAGGAACGUUUUGAUCUAUUGAAAGCAUUCUUUCGUGGUUUCGAGAUUCUCACUAAGAUCUCUUCGUUGCGCGAUGCGAACAGAACUGAUGUUCUGACCAAUUGCAGAAGACUAGCAAAGGCCUUGUGUCAUAAUGACAGCACAGACAUUGACGGUGAAGACGCCUACCCAAACACCUUUGUUGCUCUUCGGGUUUUCCUCACUGCGCCAGUCACAGUUGCUGCAGCAGAGCGCAGCUUCUCUCGGCUGAAGCUGAUAAAGACAUACCUGCGCUCCACCAUGUCGCAGGAAAGACUCAGUGGCUUGGCCAUUCUUUCAAUUGAAAACGAAAUUGCAAGUGCUUUAGACUAUUCUAAAUUGAUAGAUGACUUUAGUAAGAGGAAAGCCAGAAAAAUAGUUUCGGGCCCCGCGCCCAAAUUUUGCCCUGGGCCCCGCAACAGCUAA